AUGACAAUGGACGAGCUGAGGACCGGCUCCACCACCAGCUUUGCGGCCUUUCUCCAGCAGAGAGCUAGCAAGCGCAAGAAAAGCAGCAACACGGCUGCUUUAGCCGCCGUUGCGACGGCCAACUCUUCCGCGGCAAACAACAGCCGUCACAAACUUCUAUCUUCAAAGCUGCUCAAACAGCAAUCCAACAGCAGUUCAGUUGCUGCCAACAAUCUCAAUGUUGGAACCAGCAAUAACAGCGGAUUCGGUGGCCAGGAGCCACAGUUUACGCGUUCGCAGGAGAUUGAGCUGAAGCUAAACUGCGCCUCGAUGGAGUACCGCCUGCCGCGCUUCGAGACCUUGGUAGAGCACCUGCAGAGCCGCAAGAUGAGAGCCCUCGAGGAGGCGGUGGGCGGCUUCGGCGGCAGCGACCUGACCAACACUGACCAGACGCCUUCGAAAAAGGGCGCCAGCUUUUUCGACAAGGACUCUCUGUGGAACAACAGCAGCCCAACUCCUGCCUUCGACCAGGCAGACUUUGACCUCGACGGCAUCGUCAUCACCUCCUCCAGCAAGAACCGCCGUCCUUCGCGCGCCGACGAGCUGCAGCAGCUCUUUGCCACGAAGAACUACGACCUCCUGCUGAAGGAGCUGCUGCCUCUGGUCGCUCAGCUGCUGAACCUGGUGGAAAGCAGCGGCAAUCAGCACAUCGUCGAGGGGGCGGCCGUCUACCUCCUCUGGGUCUUCUUUGACGCCUCCAGCCUGAACCACCUAGCGAACAGUGGAAACAGUGGUAGCAAUGGUACCACUCAGCAGCAGCAGCAGCCCCAGCAAAACCAAAACCUGCAAAGCCUCGGCCUGGGUUUGGGAAUGUUUGGCCCGGCGGGAAUGGGCGGCAGCAGCAGCAGCUCAAACAACAACAACAGCAGCAGCUCGAACCACUUUGGCAACUCCAAAAACUCCAACAAUAACUCCAAUUCGAACAGCUCGAGCAGCACCUUCAGCAGCAUCGCCACCAUCAACCUGGCCGCCCUGGGCGCCAACUACCCCAGCCUGGAGUACCUCUUCUGCCUUGACUCGCUGAACGGCGGCAUCCUCGAGCGGAUCGGCUACGUCGCCCGCUCGCUCUUUGAGCUGAUGGAGCCCGUCUACCUGAACACCGUCUUCUACCACGCGUCGAUGAUUCGCAAGGCGGCGAGGGAUGUGGAGGCGCAGGAGGUGCAGCAGCAGAGCACUCCUUUGCAGUCUAACAAUGGCGGCGACCAAAACGGUGCUGCUGCUGCUCAGGAGCAGGAGGACUGGUUCAGUCGACUGGAGCAGAAGCUGCUCGGCUCGAAGAAGACUUCUACGGAAGAUGAAGAGGAGGAAGUGGCUGGAGACGAGGUCGACUCGCCUGUUUCUUCCUCCUCCUCCUCCUCGCCCUUCACCGUCGACCCCUUUGAGAACGACGUCUACAACUUCUUUCCCCUGAACGGCGAAGACCGCCGACUGGUGGAGAAGUCCGCCGGCACUGCCUUCUCCACCCACUUCAACUUUGAGCACCCCAACGCGGAGUUUGUCUUUCAGGCGCUGCUCAGCGGUGGCCGCCUGCCGCCUCUUCCUGCAGACAUUGCCAACCUAAACCUUAACGGGUCAACAGCGGCGGCAGCAAAUGCUCAAGGAGAAGUGGGAGGUAGUGUGAAGUUUCCCGAGCAGCAGCGGAAGCAGUUUGAGGCGGUCAGCGAAGUGGAGGACGCUUCGAUUUUCGCCUCCCAGCAAACCUCUUCUUCAACAGGAGGAUCCUCGGCGGAGGACGCCAUCGGCCUGCUGUUCAGCGAGCUGGCCACCUUCAUCGCCACCUACAACUCCACCCACCUAGGCGAGCAGUACUACCUCUCCCACGAGGAGCUCUUCAACACCGUCCUCAGCUGGAUCAUUGACCAGCAGCAGGGUCAGCAAGGUCAACAGGGAUUAAAAAACGGCGACGAGACGCUGGGCACCGAGCUGACGAAUCUGCUGGGCGAGGACUCCGCCUCGCUGAUCACCAAGAUCAUCACCGUGUACAAGCCGGCGAUUCUCAAGUCCUCCAGUUCGCUUUCCGGCACUUCUGCAGCAGCAAAGAACGUCAACAACAGUGGGCGAAAUAACAACAACUCACUGGAACGGGCGGAGACCCUCUGGCGGAAGGUGUGCCAGGCAAAGGGCCUCCAGGGGUCUUCAAACAAUGCCACCAACGUCGGCCCCACCAACCUCGGCCCCUCCAUCGUCGUCCACACCGAGAAGGAGAAGGUCCUCAAGAAGGAGAUGCGCAAGAUUGAGAAGAAGUUCAACAAGGAGCUGAGCAAGGCUGCAAAACUGACUGGGGCCGAUGAGCUCGCCGCCGAAUCCGAGGCCCUCACCCUGGCCGACCUGGAGCGCAUGCGAGAGGCGAACCUCAAGGCGAACAUUCGCGCGGCCCUCGAGCCCAAACUGAAAGAGGACGACCUACGCCCUGCUCGGGAACCGAUUGAGCAGUACCCGCACGUCUACGACCUCCUCCAGACGAUCAAGACGACGGCCAGCUACGUGGGCGACUCGAAGCUCCUCCUGCCCCUCGGCGUGGAGAAGAAGGACCACCGAACGCACGAGGAGGUGGCCAUUCCGCUGAUCUCAAGCAACGAGGCCACCAAGGCCUUCCUCUCCACCUUUCCAUCGAUUGCCGUGGCCGACGCGGACGAGUUUGUCCGCACCGGCUUCCAGGGCUUCACCCGCCUCAAUCUGAUUCAGUCGACCGUCUUCCAGACCGCCUACCAGUCGGACAACCAGAAUAUGCUCAUCUGCGCGCCGACGGGCGCCGGCAAGACCAACAUUGCCAUGCUGGCGGUGCUGAACAUUCUGAAGAACUACUCGGUGGAUGGAGUUAGUCCGAGGGGAGGCCUGCAGCUCGACCAAUUCAAGAUUGUGUACAUUGCGCCGAUGAAGGCGCUCUGCGCGGAGAUGACCGCCAGCUUUGGAAAACGGCUCGCUCCGUUUGGGGUCAAUGUUCGCGAGCUGACCGGCGACAUGCAGCUAACCAGUAAGGAGAUUCUGGAGACGCAGAUGCUGGUGGUGACGCCGGAGAAGUGGGACGUGGUGACGCGGAAGUCGGUAGGCGAUGUUCAACUGCUCGACCUGGUCCGCCUGAUUAUCAUCGACGAGGUGCAUCUCCUUCAGUCGGAUCGAGGACACGUCCUGGAGACGCUGGUCGCCCGAACGGUUCGGUACGUCGAACAGGCGCAGAAGUGCAUUCGCCUGGUGGGCCUCAGCGCCACGCUGCCCAGCUACCUCGAUGUGGCCCGCUUCCUCCAUGUUGACCUCUACCGGGGGCUGUUUGUCUUUGACGAGCGCUUCCGGCCGGUCCCCCUGCAGAAGUGCUUCAUCGGCGUGAAGGGGCAGAACAAGCAGCAGCUCAACUCGGACAUGGACGAGAUUACCUUUGGAAAGGUGCGGGAGAUGCUGGUGGCGGAGGAGCAGGUGAUGGUCUUUGUUCACUCGCGCAAUGCCACGCUGAACCUCGGGGGAUUUCUCAUUGAACGGGCGCAGUACGCGAGGCACAUCGCCUCGCUCUUCAAGGCGGACACUGAAAAGCUGGCCUUCAGCGAGAAGCUGAUCAGCCGCGCCCGCUACCGCAACCUCAAUCGGCUGCUGCUGAACGGCGUGGGAGUUCAUCACGCAGGAAUGCCCCGGGCGGAGCGGAACAUCGUCGAGAAGCUCUUCAGGGCGGGGGUGAUCAAGGUGCUGGUCUGCACCAGCACUCUGGCCUGGGGCGUCAAUCUGCCGGCGCAUGCGGUCAUCAUCCGCGGCACCGAGUUCUACGACCCCGCCGCCGGCCACCUCGUCGACCUGGACAUGCUCGACGUGAUGCAGAUCUUCGGGCGAGCCGGCCGACCGCAGUACGACACCAGCGGCCUGGCCACGAUCAUCACCACGCACUCGAAGCUCGCCCACUACCUGAGCAUGCUGACCAACCAGCUGCCGAUUGAGAGUCGCUUUCUGAAGCGCCUCACCGACAACCUCAACGCGGAGAUUGUCCUCGGCACGGUGGGGAACAUUGGCGAGGCGGUCGAGUGGCUGAAGUACACCUACGCGUACAUUCGCAUGGCGAAGAAUCCGAUGGAGUACGGGCUCAGCUUUCUGGCCUCUCUGGAGCCGUCCAUUAUUGUCGACCACCUCUACUCGCUGGUGAGGACCUCGGCGGAGGCGCUGGACCGCGCGGAGAUGGUCCGCUACUGCCCGGACCUGGAGGGCAGCCUCGAUUCGACCCAUUUGGGGCGGAUUGCCUCGCACUACUACAUUCAACAUGAGACGAUAGUCCAUUUCAAUGAGGGCCUAAGGGCUAAUAUGGACUUUGGCCAUAUCUUUGAUCUGCUGUCGAAGGCGAAUGAGUUUUCGCAGCUGAGGUUCCGUGAGGACGAGUUCAAGGACCUGGAUGAGCUUCGCUUUGGAACGAUCUACCACACGAAGGGAGAGAUGAGCAACACGCCCACCAAGGUGAACAUUCUGAUGCAGGCGGCGAUUAGCCGGGUGGGAACCGACUGUCACUCGCUGUCGAGUGACUUGAAUUACAUUCUUCAGAACGUCUCUCGCCUCACCCGCGGCCUCUUUGAGUACGUGAUCAAGCGAGGCUGGCCCCUUCUGGCCGAACGUUUUCUCUCGAUGUCCCUGAUGUUUGAGAAGCGGAUCUGGUUCUUUGACACGCCCCUGCUGCAGUUUGAGUCGGAGAUUCCCCAUGACGUGCUGGAGAAGCUGUCGGAGCAGUUCACCAAGGGCCAGCUGCACCUGUACGACCUGCGAGAGUAUUCCGCCGAUGAGAUUGGCGACCGCCUGCGCCACCGGAAGUCGGGGGCGCUGGUCAAAAAGUACGCCCGGAUGGUCCCCAGCGUGGAGAUCACCGCCACGGUGAAGCCCAUUACGCGGACCAUCCUCACGGUGUACCUCGAUGUGAAGCCCGAUUUCGUGUGGGAGGACCGGCUGCACGGGAAGACCGCCCAGCUGCUGUGGAUCUGGCUGACGGACACGGCGAAUAAUCACAUUUACCACGCCGAGCUGGGCCGCUUCACGAAGAAGCAGGUGGUCAAGGAGGAGGUGGCGCACUACGUCUUCACCAUCCCGCUCCUUGAUGCCAGCCAUCUUCAGCAGCAGUACCUGGUGCACGCCACCUUUGAGUACUGGCUGGGGACGGACCAGGAGGUGGCGGUCAGCUGCGAGGGCAUGCUGCUGCCCGACCGCCACCUCCCCAACACGCCCCUCCUCGACCUGAUGCCCCUGCCGGUGACGGCGCUGCAAAACGACCUCUACGCGGCCUUCUACCGCUUCAGCCACUUUAAUCCCAUUCAGACGCAGAUCUUUCACACCCUUUACCAGACGGACCGGAAUGUGCUGCUGGGCGCGCCCACCGGGUCGGGGAAGACCGUCGCGGCGGAGAUUGCCAUCUUUCGGGUGUUUAACACGCAGCCAGGGCGGAAGGUGGUGUACAUUGCCCCUCUCAAAGCGCUGGUUCGGGAGCGGGUCGACGACUGGAAGGUGAAGCUGGAGAGGAACUUGGGACGACGGGUGGUGGAGCUGACCGGGGACACGACGCCUGAUAUUGGAGCGAUUCAGGCAGCGGACCUCAUUGUGACGACGCCCGAAAAGUGGGACGGCGUCAGUCGGGGCUGGCCCUCGAGGAGCUACGUCCGCGAGGUGGCGCUCAUUGUCAUUGAUGAGAUUCACCUGCUCGGUGAGGAGCGAGGCCCGGUCCUCGAGAUGAUUGUCAGCAGGGCGAACUUUAUCAGUCGAAGGACCUCUGCUUCAAGCUCUUCAGAAGCCGGCGGCCCUCGAAUGCGAAUUCUCGGCCUCUCCACGGCGGUGGCCAAUGCCCAGGACCUGGCCGCCUGGCUUUCCAUCAGCAAGGUGGGCCUGUACAACUUUAGCCCCUCAGUUCGCCCGGUGCCCAUCGAGGUGCACGUCAGCGGCUUCAGCGGCAAGCACUACUGCCCGCGGAUGGCCUCAAUGAACAAGCCCGCCUACCGGGCGAUCAAGAAGUUUAGCCCCGAGAAGCCGGUCAUCAUCUUUGUCAGCAGUCGGCGGCAGACUCGGCUGACCGCUCUGGAUCUGAUUACGCUAAUUGCCGGCGAUGCCCAGGGGAAUGGGUCGUACCUGAGGAUGGCUGGUGGGGAGGAGGAGCUGGAGGCGGUCCUUUCCAUGGUCUCCGACGGUCACCUGAAGCAUACGCUGCGGUUCGGAAUUGGCAUGCACCACGCCGGGCUGCGGGAGGGCGACCGGAAGGUGGUGGAGGAGCUCUUUGCGGCGCAGAAGAUUCUGGUGCUCAUCACGACGGCGACACUGGCCUGGGGCGUCAAUCUGCCGGCGCAUGCGGUGAUCAUCAAGGGGACGGAGUUCUUUGACGGAAAGAAGGGCCGCUACGUCGACUUUCCCAUCACCGACGUCCUGCAGAUGAUUGGCCGGGCGGGGCGGCCGCAGUUUGACACUAGUGCCGUGGCCGUUCUCUUUGUCCACGACAUCAAGAAGGAGUACUACAAGAAGUUCCUCUAUGAGCCGUUUCCGGUGGAGUCGCAUCUGCUGGAAGUGUUUAGCGAGCACCUCAAUGCGGAGGUGGCCGCGGGGACGGUCGGUUCGAAGCACGAGGCGAUGGAGUACCUCGCCUCCACCUACCUCUACCAGCGAAUCGUCAAGAAUCCCUCGUACUAUGGCGUCGACCUAACGGAAAUUGGCCUGACCCAGGAAGAGCUGGCGAGGUCGGAGUUGGCGGUGAACACGGCGGUGGUCCGCUUCCUGUCCGG